AACGCUAAACUGCGCUGAAAGAAAAAUGGCUCAGGCUGAUAUUGACGAGGGGUUAUAUUCUCGACAGCUGUACGUGAUUGACCAUGAUUCAAUGCGUCGCAUGGGAAGGGCCGAUGUCCUCAUUGCUGGAAUGCGAGGUCUUGGCGUGGAGAUUGCCAAAAACGUGAUCCUGGCUGGAGUUCGAUCGGUCACCAUUCAGGAUGAGGGUGUGGUGGAGUGGAGAGAUCUGUCUUCUCAGUUUUACCUAAAGGAAGCUGAUCUGGGUCAGAACAGGGCCUUGUGCUCUGAGAAGCAGCUCGCUGGUCUGAACGUCUACGUUCGAGUGUCUGCCUGGGCUAACAAACUCGAUGAGGACUUCCUCAGCAAGUUCCAGGUGGUGGUGCUCACAAAUUCACCUUUAGAGGAGCAGCUACGUGUGGGAGCAUUUUGUCAUUCGAACAAUAUAAAGUUUAUUGUGGCUGACACCAGAGGGCUUUGUGGGCAGCUGUUCUGUGACUUUGGCGAAUCAUUUGAGGUCAGAGACACAAAUGGAGAGACUCCAGUAUCAGCCAUGAUUGCUCGUAUCAGCAAGGACAAUCCAGGCAUAGUGACAUGCACAGAUGAGGAAAGCUACCGAUGUGAGUUCACCGAUGGCAUGUUUGUGAAUUUCUCUGAGAUUCAAGGCAUGACUGAACUCAAUAGUUAUGGCCCCAUUGAGAUCAAAGUGAGAGACAACUACUCCUUCAGUAUUUGUGACACUUCAAACUUUUCUGAGUAUGUGAAGGGUGGAGUGGCAACUGAAGUGAAACAGCCUGAAAUCCUCAGCUUUAAUCCUCUGAAUGUGGCUCUGGAUGAAGCAAUCAGAGAUCCUGAGCUUGUGAAGAUGACGGACGAUGGCAAGAGACAAAGACACCAGUCUCUGCACCUGGCCUUCCAGGCCCUGCAUAGAUUCACUCAGAAAUACAGCCAGAUACCCCAUACUAGAUCCCAGGCUGAUGCUGAAGUGCUGGUUACUAUCACUAAAGAGCUUUGCAGAGAUGCAGAGUUUGAUCAGCUUGAUGAAGACACUGUAAGGCAAUUAUCUCUGGUUGCCAGCGGUGACCUGGCGCCUGUCAAUGCCUUCAUUGGCGGUCUGGCUGCUCAGGAGGUGGUGAAGGCGUGCAGUGGUAAAUUCACUCCUCUCAGACAGUGGCUGUACUUCGAUGCCCUGGAAUGCCUACCUCAGGAGGACGAUGGAGUCCUUUCUGAAAACGCCUGUGCUCCUAGAGACAGCCGAUAUGAUGGGCAGAUUGCUGUGUUUGGAUCUGCUUUUCAAGACAAACUGAAUAAACAGAACUAUUUUCUGGUUGGAGCUGGAGCAAUUGGUUGUGAGCUGCUGAAGAACUUCGCUCUGAUUGGUCUGGGUGCGGGAGAGGGCGGGAACAUUACAGUGACUGACAUGGACUCUAUUGAGCGAUCGAAUCUGAAUCGACAGUUUCUGUUCCACUCUAAGGACAUUGGGAGGCUGAAGUCUGAGGUGGCGGCAGAGUCUGUUAAAGAGAUGAACCCUCACAUGAACAUCACCGCUCACCAGAACCGUGUGUGUCCUGAGACGGAGGAGGUCUACACACAUUCAUUUUACAGCAGCCUUGAUGGUGUGGCAGCCGCGCUGGAUAAUGUGGAUGCACGAGUCUAUCUCGACCAAUGCUGUGUGCGAAACAAAAAGCCUAUGCUGGAGGGAGGAACUCUAGGUAGUAAAGGCCACACUCUGGUAGUAGUACCACAUCUGACUAAAUCAUACGGACCCUCCACAUCGGGAGGGCAGGAAGCCAUUCCUAUCUGCACACUUAAGAACUUCCCUCACCGUAUAGAGCAUACGUUACAGUGGGCCAGAGACCAGUUUGAAGGACUUUUCAAACAAACAGCAGAGAAUGUGAACAACUUUCUCAGUGACCCAACAUUUGUUGAUCGCACAUUUGCACGUGGGGAUGUGGAGGCUGUGGAAAUACUGGAGGGCGUCUAUAGGAGUCUGGGUGAGGAAUGGCCUCAGAACUGGGCUGACUGUGUCAGCUGGGCCCGCAGACAGUGGGAAACACUCUACAACAAUCAUAUUAGACAACUGCUGCACUGCUUUCCCCCUGACCAGGUAACAAGCUCUGGACUUCCGUUCUGGAUGGGCGCAAAGAGAUGUCCACAUCCUUUGACCUUUGACUCCAACAAUACCACCCAUAUGGACUUCAUUGUGGCAGCUGCCAAUUUAUACGGGCAGAUCUAUGGGAUUACAGGCUCAAGAAACCAUGCUGAUAUUCAGAGCAUUCUGCAGGGAGUAAAAGUGCCCGAGUUCACCCCUAAAUCCAGCGUAAAGAUAGCUGUGACUGACCAGGAGCUGAAGGAGGAAAAUGAAGAGAGAAAAGAAGUCAAGCUGGAGAUGUUAAAGGAGAAGCUGUCCAAACACCUGCUGAAGGACCAAAGCUUCCGGAUGCAUCCACAGGAGUUUGAGAAGGAUGAUGACAGUAAUUUCCACAUGGACUACAUAGUUGCAGCAUCCAACCUGAGGGCAGAGAACUACGAUAUACCAACAGCCGACCGCCACAAAAGCAAGUUAAUUGCUGGCCGCAUCAUUCCAGCAAUCGCCACAACAACAGCUGCGAUCGCGGGGCUGAUGUGUUUGGAGCUCUAUAAGCUUGUCCAGGGUCACCAGAAAAUCACAUCCUACCGCAACACAUAUAUAUACCUGGCCAACCAAUACUUUGUCCCGUCACAGCCUUGUGUGGCCCCGACAUUUACACAUGUGUUUUAGAACCAGCGUGUCGUGUCUGUCGGCAGGUCGCGGGGCGGCGGUACUCUCUCUGGGAUGACUUCCUGGUGCAGGGCCGGCGUGAGGGUCAAAAGGAAAUGACCUUGGA